AUGAUAUUUUUGGAUUCGCCCGAUACACCUCAUUCCAGGGAAAUCCUCUUGGCUCCGAUGAUAGUUGCUGGACUUUUGGGACGGGUCGAUGUAAAGGCGACGGCAAAAGGAGCUGGUGGAAUAACGGCAUUGCCACGUGCGGUUCGACAUGGAACAGCACUAGGAAUAGCCGCACUUUAUCCGAAGGCGAUGGAACCGCUUCGUCUC